AUGAGAUAUGCGAACACAACAUUACCUUUGUGGUUCAAUUAUGUUGAACUAGCAGUCAACUGUUCUUGUAUGGCUUUUAUGGCUAUCACAUUACCUUUGUAUAUCGCUGUGGUUUGGAUAAUGUUGGUUCUGAGAAAAACUGCAUACAAAGGUAUGUUUUAUCGUAUUUUCCUGGUCGGGGCAAUUCUGGAUAUAAUUGCUAUAAUCAAUAAUUAUAUUGGCAACAUCAUCCCUGCAAGAGGGUGGCUCCUGGACUUCUACAUGUCACAGGGCACAACUAUCGGUCAUGUGUAUGUGAUUAUUGCUUGGAUGACUCGAUGUAGCCAAGGAUGUACAGUAACCCUACUGGCAUUAAAUAGAGCUACGGCAGUCUGUAAUCCCAUGAAACAUAAACGAAUUUGGAACUCUCGUUGGGCCAAUCUCGUAUUCUUAUUCCAGCUCAGUCUAGGCAUUUGUCUUGGUACAUUUUUGAUCCCACAGAAAUUUAUAUGGAAGAAGCAAGGACGCGGAAUCUACAUACAGUUUGAAGAUCUGCGAUUUCGAAUGCGGUACUUCAUCUUCGCCUAUGCAUUGGAUACAUUUUUCGUUGUAUUGAUUAUAAUAAUAAAUAUAACAAUGCUGAUAAAGCUGAAGAGGAAGUACAGAUUGCGAAAAUCUUCAUCCUAUUGUGCUGCACUGAAUCACAAAGUUUUGUCUGAAAAACAAAGGCAAGAGAAUAAUCUGACAAUUGUUUCCGUUGUCACAUGUGCUUUGGAAAUCGCUUACUAUCUAUACAUAGUGUAUGCGUUCAUUAUAAAGCCUCAGCUAAACACUAGGGUAUUCUACUUGUUAUACAAUGUCUGUAACGAUAUUUACGCGGGAGCAUCUGCUUGGCUUAUUCUUUCAUUUUCAACAACACUGCAGAAACAUCUACAAAAUCAGCUAAGAUGUCUCCCUCUGACAAGGAUUCAUCAACAGUUCAUAAUCGAUUUCCAACUGUCAUCAGUAUCUCACAUGACUUUACGCAAAACACCUGAACGGUCAUCCUUGAUAAAAGGUUGA